CAACUUUCUCAUGGACUUCAAAGAAGCAAUCAAUUGUUGCUUUGUCAUCGUGUGAAGCCGAGUACGUUGCUGUAGCCUCAACCGUGUGUGAGGCAAUUUGGUUAAGAAAUCUGUUGAAGUCAGUGUGUCAUCCACAAGUGGAAUCGACUGUGAUUCAUGUGGAUAACAUCUCAGCUAUCAAGCUUGCUAGGAAUCCAGCCCAACAUGGAAGGAGUAAGCACAUUGAUACCAGGUUCCAUUUUCUAAGGGACCAUGUGAAGCAAAAGACAAUUGAGCUUGUCUAUUGUCACACAAAGGAACAAGUGGCUGACAUCUUCACUAAGCCCACUACCAGUUGAAUCAUUCCGGUUAUUGCGUGAAAUGCUAGGCAUGAAGGCGUUUUGAUUUGAGGGGGCGUGUUGGAAAUUCAAAUAAAAACAGGUUGUAAAAGGUUGCUGCUAGUUGUUAGUUUCUUUACAGGUUGUAUCCACACAUGCUGCAACUACAAAGUCUAAAGUUUCCUCCAUGUGCUAGCUGAAAUGGUGAUGAAAGACAGCAAGUGUGCUGCCAUGUGAUGUGCUAGCAGGAAGACAACAGUGUUUCUCCAUGUGUUAGCCGAAAGGAAGGUAUUACAACCUGCCAUGAUGCAAUGCAUGUGUAUGCCAACUAUCAAAGUUGCUGCAUGUGUUUGAAAGGGUGUAAAGAUGUGGAACACCAUCAUUCAUUAUAUGUAUUGUUGGAUUGUUUAUUUUUCCGGUUUUGUAUAAAUAGGCCAUCUUGCUAAGCCUUAGAUAACAUCAUCCAAAUCCCAUUUCCAUUCUCAUUUUCAGCUUGUAAGCUUUAAGAGUUAUAAACUCUUCUAAUAUUUCAAAGUGUUUGUUAUCACCAAGCUUGCUACUUCUUUCAUAUAUCAAAGUCCAAGUGUUUUACCAAAGCUUGUUGCUUCCCUCCUUUCUCUAUUUCUUUGUCCAAUUUUAUUGAGAGUGAAAGUGAGAGGUGUGAUAGAGUUUGUAAACUUAUCACCCACAUAUUUUGGUAUUGAGUUAGUAAACUCUUGUGAAUACCAACAGGAAAUGAUUCGUUAAAUAUGAAUUAUGAAUAAAAUUUUCCUUUGUUCGAUUCUCAACCUAAAGUGAUCUGCUGAAAGAUCAGACCUUAACCCACAGUUUGGACAUGGGAAAUAAACUUGAAAUUUGGACAAAAAUCAGAAAUUUUAAAUUGAAAUGACCAAUUCCCUUGUUUGGAUUUAUAAUCAUAGAAAUUUAAUUACCACUUACUAUUACUAAUGACUUAACUUUUAAGCUUUUUCCAAGGAACCUUACUUCUUUUACCCUUUCAUACUGUAGAUCAUGACCCCAUUUCUCACAGCUAAACUUGCUGGCCAAUAUGUUGCAGUAGAUGCAGCUGGGCUCUUAUUCUCAACACUGCAGGUUGUGCUUCUCCCUGUUUUGGUGGGUGCAUUUCUGAAUCAGUAUUUCCAAGGCCUGGUUAAAUUCAUCUCCCCCGUGAUGCCACCCAUUGCUGUAGCAACUGUAGGUGUUCUUUGUGGGAAUGCAAUUGCCCAGAGUUCAUCUGCAAUCCUUACGUCUGGUAAACAAGUGGUGCUUGCUUCCGCUCUUCUUCAUGCAAGUGGAUUUUUCUUUGGAUACAUCUUUUCAAGGAUGCUUGGGCUUGAUGUCACAUCAUCAAGGACUAUCUCCAUCGAGGUUGGCAUGCAGAAUUCGAUGCUUGGAAUUGUUCUAGCCGGUCAGCACUUCGGAAACCCUCUAACUGCAGUACCAUGUGCUGUUUCCAGUGUUUGUCAUUCAAUCUUGGGUAGUGCCUUGGCAGGAUUCUGGAGACAGACUGUGCCAACCCAGAAGCAAGAUUGAAAUGUCAUGUAAAAUCUUUAGACGAGCAGGACAAACUUCAAUCCUUCUGUUAUCGUAUGAGCUGGUAUUUGUCGGAAUUUCUUUUCGUACGUUUUAGCUGCCGAAUAGUUGGAUUUGCACUUUCCGGUGCUGGUCUCUGAAAUAAGUUGAACUAUGUUAUUUUGCCUUUC